UAUAAACGGUGUGAGAGAGUGUGUGUGUGUGUGUGUGGAUGGUUCAGCAGUGACUCUCCAGCUGCUGAGCGGAGUGGAGCGCACAGUGUAGCGGACGCACAAAGUCAACUCCCUGGACUCUCUCGUACUCCGCGGUUCGUGUGACUGAGAAUCUCGGGCAGGGGGACACAGAAUCAUGAAGGCACGGCGCUGCUCUCUAACUUUCCGCGGAGUUGUAUCAGCCUUUCUCAUAUCUGUGCUGCUGGAGCCCGGGGCUGCCGGUCUUGUUUUUCAACUACAUGAACUUUGUAAGUUCUGUGAUGUGGAGCUUACCUCCUGCAAUGGCACAGGUAUCUGCAAGACCAACUGCAGCAUCUCAUCCAUAUGUGAAAAACCAACUGAGGUCUGUGUUUCUAUCUGGAGAAGGAACGAGACAAACUUGUCCAUCGAAACUCUCUGCCACAACCCAGCAGAGCCAUUGUACGGCAUUACCCUGGAUGACUACAACAGCACCACCUGUGUGAUGAAGGAAAAGAACACAACAACGGGGUUGGCUCAUUUCUGCUCCUGUAAAGGAGCAGAGUGCAACGAAGAGCUAAUAUUCUCCCAAACUGUGGAUCCAACUCCAGAUCCACUGGAGUCCAACCACUCUUUGAUAUCUGCAGUUCUGGUGAGCAUGCUGCCCCUGCUGGUGAUGGUGAUCGCGUUUUUUGGAAUGUUCUACUGGUGCAGAAUCCAUCGGCAGAGGCGUCCCAACCGCCAAUGGGAGAGCAGCUUUAACUUUAAGCGCAAGCCAAUAGCCGGUGGGCUGGACUGCAGUGACGCCUGCGCCAUCAUGACAGAUGACGAUAAGUCCGACAGCAGCUCGACUCAUGCCAACAGCCUGAACCACAACACAGAGCCGCUGCCUAUAGAGCUGGAUCUGCUGGUGGGAAAGGGUCGCUUUGCUCAGGUAUACAAGGCUAAAUUGAAGCAGACUACGUGGAAUCAGUUUGAAACAGUAGCUGUAAAGAUCUUCCCCUACGAAGAGUACGCCUCCUGGAAGAACGAGAAGGACAUUUUCUCCAACACAGACCUCCGACAUGAGAAUAUCCUCCACUUCCUGACAGCUGAGGAGCGGAAGGUGGAGAAACAGUACUGGCUUAUCACGGCCUUCCACCCCAGAGGAAACCUACAGGAGUACCUGACACAUCACGUGAUCAGCUGGCAGGAGCUGCAGGUGUUCAGCAGCUCUCUGGCACGGGGUGUUGCCCACCUCCACAGUGAUCGCCUCCCCUGUGGAAGCCCUAAGGUGCCGAUAGUCCACCGAGACCUGAAGAGCUCCAACAUCCUGGUGAAAAACGACGGGACGUGCUGUGUUUGUGACUUUGGCCUGGGACUCUGUCUGGACAGCAGCCUGUCAGUGGAUGAACUUGCCAACAGUGGACAGGUGGGCACUGCGCGCUAUAUGGCACCAGAGGUGCUGGAGGCCCGACUAAAUCUGGAGAACAUCGAGUCUUUCAAGCAGACUGACAUUUACUCCAUGGCUCUGGUCCUGUGGGAGAUGACGUCAAGGUGUGAAGCUAUUGGAG